GUGGAGUGUGUGGAAUUGUGUUUCAACUUUGAAUUAAAAAGCUCCUAAUUUUCUUGGUCUUCCAACGAGAACCGUGUCCCUUCCUUCAUGCUUAUAUAUAUGUGCCCUUCGUGUUCGACUUGUUGCUCUUCGCGUCACCCCCCACUCACUCCUCUCCCCUCCUCUCCCGCCAAAACCACCCACCUUCGUCUUCCCCUUCUUCCCUUUAAUCGUGACGUCUCAGUUCCAUCGUAUCUAGCCCUUCUCUGAUUCUUUUCUCUCUCCCUCCAGCCUCUGUUAUCUCUAACAGAGCAUAAAGCCGUCUCCUUUUCUUCGGAUUACCACCCUGAUUCCUCCCUAUCCCUUUUGGUUCCUCUCUCCUCAUACAGGUUCUCCAAAAUUCUUAAUUCUUCCAUGCUGCCAGCACCAAGCAUCAUCACUCCUCACAUUUCUUCUUCCAAACAACAACCUUAGCAGCACAGGGGAAGCGAAACAGUCCUCUUCCCUCUCCACACCUCGCUCUCGUCAUGUCCCUGCGCUCUAAGCCAUCCGAGAGUCUCCAAGAAACAUGCACCUCCGCCACCAGAAGAAAAACGCGUCCAAGGCUCCUCAGAAUCAUACUCACUGAUCCCGACGCCACCGAUUCUGACUCCGAUUCUUCCGCCGAUGAAAGCCCGCACGCGUCUUCGAGAGUCAAGCGCCACAUCACGCAGAUCACCCUCCACUUACCGUCCCCAAAUCCUCCUCCUUCCCCCGCUCCCCCCGGCUCCCCUGCCAAAUCCAACCCGACCCGGUUCAGAAGACCCGCUGGCGCUUCCUCCUCGCUCCGCCACAGGAGGUUCAGGGGCGUUCGCCAGAGGCCGUGGGGUCGGUGGGCUGCCGAGAUCCGGGAUCCGAACCGAAGGAAACGGGUCUGGCUUGGGACGUUCGACACGGCGGAGGAGGCCGCCUCGGAGUACGACAGGGCAGCGCUAAAGCUAAAGGGUCCUCACGCGGUUACCAACUUCCCUAACUCUAUCAUUGUAGAGGAUAAGGCGACGCCGAUCGCCGCCGCGGAUGAAAGUAUUGGCACAGAAGGAACGGUAUCGUACUCUGAAUCGGCGGCGUCGCCCACGUCUGUGCUUCCCUACGAUGGCGAUUCGUCGGCGUUCAACGAUUUCCGUUACCGGAGUGUGGAUGCGUUCGGAUUCGACAUAGACGUGCCGCUGAGCCUGCCGGACGCGAACGUGAUGCUGUCGAGUCAACCGUUUGGAAAAGAGGAGUUCGGCGAGUUUGACCUCGACGACUUCUUGACGUGGCCCAACUAAAUUUUUGGGGCUUCUUCGUCUUUUUGAAAAAAGUCAGGGACUGUGUCGUAAUUCCAUUCGGCUUCUCGCGAUUAAAAGUUUUGUCGUGGUGUUUGAUUUGGCGGAGCGCGAAGCAGGAGAUUUUUCCCAGCUGAAGCGGCGGUAAAGUUUUGAUUCGUAUUUUGUAAUCAUCAGUUUGAUAAUUAAAACAACUAAAUUAAAUUAAAAUUAAAUCAAAGGAAUUGGAAAAUCAAUGAUGUCCUUGAAUAUGAAGCGUAUAAAUUAUAAGCGUUGAAUUAUUUAUUAUGUGAUGUCGAAAAUUUUGGUGUUUGUAAAAUUAUGCAACUUUGCUGUACUUCGUUUGUUUAAAAAUGAACAAAUAUUUAUGAAA